ACUUCAGUUGUACAGAAUUGUUUGGUUGACUAUCAACGUGAUCUUCAAUAAUUUUUUUUUUAUAAAAAAGUUGUGUCUACUUUUUGAUUGAUAAUAAAUUAUAGAAUUUUCACAUCACCAUGAGUGCAGAGCUGGACGAAGAACAAGUCCAAAUGCUACGACGGGCAUUUUCAAUGUUUGACUCGAGUAAAUCAGGAAAAAUUGAGAAGGAAAAAGUUCGAACAAUUCUGAACACAUUGGGCCAUACUUAUGACGAUAGCGAUCUUGAUGCUUUGCUCGAAGCUGAAGACACAGAAGGAAGAGGCACCUUAACUUUUGAUGAGUUUUGUCGAGUUGCUGUUCACUUUUCUGACGAAGACGACGAAGCUUUGCAAAAAGAGUUGAAAGAAGCCUUCCGGCUUUACGACAAAGAAGGCAAUGGUUAUAUCCCCACAUCAUCCUUACGAGAAAUUUUAGCUGCUCUUGACGACCAACUGACUAGUGAUCAGCUUAAUGAAAUGAUUGCAGAAAUCGAUACAGAUUCAUCAGGCACAGUUGAUUUCGAUGAAUUUACGGAAUUUAUGAGACCGGAACUUGACAUAGAUUACUACAACUACAUUGACGAAUUACUGAUCGACACUCCCGUUAUUCAAUCAACAAUAUAUUCAAACUUGUCAGGUGCAAGGAUGAGUAAAUUUGACAAAUGUAAAUCCUCUAUACUCUUAAGAUCCACAGGAAGAACGAUAAAGUCAUAAAAAAAAUCUCCAAAGUAUUGACUACUGUCACUUUUUGUAUCUAAGUUAUAUAUUAAGAUACAGUGAACUCUUGAUAAGAGAUCUUAUCGAAACAAAUUUCACUCAAUAGUAAAACAAAAUUUCAGAUGCCUUCAACUGUUUUCUCAUCAGGAGUUGACUGUAUAUUGUUGAAAGCUUUUGGAUUUAAAAGCUUUCAUUUUUUAUGAACAAAAUUUUAAGUUUUUCUUUCAAAUAUAUUUGAGACAUUUAAAUAUCACCAAAGCUAUGUUCAUUUCAUGGCCGAUUUCAUAUAUUAAAGAGUUAAAGUUAUCUUAAAAAAUUUUCAUUCAAUGAAUAAAUUCAAAGUUCAAUUAAUGUUCUUAAUUUCCUGGGUUGAAAUUGAACUUUUUCAAUUGUUUAACCUUUUCUGCCUUGCUCUUUUAAUAAAGUUUAUAAAUUUAAUCAACAAACGAUAACCACAUUGAUUCAUAUGUUCAUUUCUUUUUUCUCCUACUCAGGCAUCAUCUACUGAUUAUACUGGUUUGAUCAUAUAAAUAACUUAUAUCAAUUACAACCCUGCCAGUAGAAAGAAAUAUUGAAUAAAUUAAAGUCAAACCAAAUAAAACAGAAAAUAUAUCUCAUUUAUGCUUAAGGUUCCUUUCAUUGCAUA